CUCAAGUGAGAGCUAUUAUGGUUGUAAGAGCAGGUCGGGCAGUGUCCGGGGAUAUUGGAUUGACAAGUUCAGCAAUUCGAUUUCAUCUGGCGUCUCCUCAUUAAGGACGCAGUCACCUUUUUCAAUCGGGAUGCUGGAAGGAACUGCAGUGCCCAUAGAAAACCCACACGGAUACAGGGAGAAUUUGAUAACUCCACACAAACAUUGAAAAGGCCAGGAAUCAAACCAAGAUACAGUGAAAUGGUGAAACAAAUGCAUAAAAAUGAAUAAGACGAAAAUGGUAUCCGAGAAAGGAGUUUCCAGUAAUUCAAGGAUCCUCAUACUCCUUGCUCAGUUGGAGAAGGCAAAUGCAGAUCCUGUGAUGUUUGAUACAGAAAAUGCAAAGCACAUAACCUCAAAGAUUCUUCAUCUAAUUCAAACCCAAGAAAAAACAAAAAAAGAAAUGACGGCAAAGGGCUCCUCUGGGAUUGAAAUCAUUCUUUCUACACUUGAGAGUUCAAGGGACCCUCAGACUAUUCUGAAUGUACUCUAUAUUCUGAAUGAAUUGAUAUCUGCAACUGGUGGACGAAGAGUUGGAGUGCUGAUAUCAAAAGGUGGAACUCAGAUUAUUUUACAGCUGUUACUUAGUGCUAGUAAAGAAUCUCCACCUAGUGAGGAGCUCAUGGUUCAGCUUCAUUCAAUUCUAGCAAAGACUGGACCAAAAGACAAAAAAUUUGCUAUCAAAGCAAGAAUUAGUGGAGCCCUAAAUAUAACUUUAAAUUUGGUGAAACAAAAUCUUCAGAACUCAAAGCUAAUUUUACCAUGUCUUCAGGUUCUUCGUGUAUAUUCUGGAAACUCUGUAAAUGCUGUAUCAUUAGGCAAGAAUGGAGCUGUGGAGCUUAUGUUUAAAAUAAUUGGACCUUUCAGCAAACGGAAUACAAGCUUAAUGAAGGUAACUCUGGACACAUUUGCAGCUUUACUAAAAUCAAAAUCGAAUGCCAGAAGAGCAGUUGACAGGGGCUACAUACCCAUGCUAUUAGCUAUUUAUCAGGACUGGCAUCGCCACGACAUUCGACACAGACACAUGCUUAUUCGAAAAGGGAUUCUAGGUUGCAUCAAAAACAUCACAAACGUCAAAUUGGGCAGAAAAGCAUUUCUUGAUGCAGAUGGCAUGCGAUUACUUUAUAGCACAUCUCAAGAAUGCCUGCCUGUAAGGACACUGGAUCCUAUUGUCAAUGCUUCAAGUCUUAUCAUGAGGAAAUGUUUCCCCAAGAAUCGUCUUCCUGUACCUACAAUAAAGAGUGUGUUCAGUUACCACCUACCUGUCAUUUUAGCAAAUGGACCGGUAGCCCAACUCUACAGUUUACCUCCAGAAGUGGAUGAUGUGGUGGAUGAAAGUGAUGACAAUGAUGACAUCGAGGCUGAAAAUGAAACAGAGACUGAAGAUGAUGAAAAGGACCACAGUUUGAAGAAUGAAGAUAUUGAAACUGAUAUCAACAAACUAAGACCAAAGCAAGAUCUUUGUAGGCCACCUGAAGAAUUAAAAUAUUAUGAGAGAUUUUUUGUGGAGCUUACUGAAGAUUUUCAGGGAUAUAAUUCAGGAACAGAGGAAGUUGCUUCCAUUAUUCCAGUUUCGGAGCCAAAGUUUUCUGGAGCCAUUGUUGUACCCACAGCAGAUCAAGAGCCAGCUGCCUGUCGUAACACUGUAAAAGGAGAGAAAAAAACUCUACGAACUGAUGAAGAGAGCAAACAGACUUUAAAUUCUUCCUUUUCUACAGCAGACUUAGAAAAUCAAACAGCAUCUUUAGAUAUGAACAAUUUUCAAGUCUGUUCUGAAAUCCCCAAUUCCACUAAACACUUAUCUUCACAGUGCCUCAAUCAUGAACUUGUCAGGGAUAUGGACAAAUUAUCACUAGGUGGAGAAAGUGCCUCAAAAAACCUCAGAUACUGUCCUUCUAAAUAUGUAAAUGGUCAAAAUAGCAAGAUGUCACAUGAGUGCAGUGACUGUUGUAAUGGUUGUCAGAUUAUUUCAGGAUCUAUUGUACCUUCAGUUGUGGACACAACUACAGAGACCACACAUGCGGAUGAAGCAGAAAAUGAUGAUGACAGCAGUUCACAUUCUUCAAGUGACCAAGGAUUUUUGGAGGUUCCGGAUACAGCAGCCUUACUUCCUUUACAUGACCCAGACCUCUACAUUGAAACUGUUAAAAACACCAAAUCUGUUCCAGAGUAUACAGAAGUGGCUUAUCCUGACUACUGUGGUCAUAUUGCACCUUCUUUUAAGGAGCCUAUUCUUGAAAGACUUUAUGGUGUGCAAAGGGCUAAAAUCUUUCAAGAUAUCGAGAGGCUAAUUCAGUCAAAUGAUAUAGUUGAUAAAGUGGUGUAUGAUCUUGAUUUGCCCAGUUGCCCAGUUAUCGAUGAAGGGGAGUCCUUAAAAUUUAAUUCUCAGUUUGAGUCUGGAAAUUUGCGCAAAGCAAUUCAAGUUAGAAAGUUUGAAUAUGACCUCAUAUUGAACCCUGAUAUAAACAGCAACCAUUACCACCAGUGGUUUUAUUUUGAGGUUAGCCGAAUGCGCAGUGGUAUCAGCUAUCGAUUCAACAUAAUCAACUGUGAGAAGUCCAACAGCCAAUUUAACUAUGGUAUGCAAGUUCUGAUGUACUCUGUCCAGGAGGCACAAAAUGGUAGACCUCACUGGGUAAGGACUGGAACUGACAUCUGUUACUACAAGAACCACUUUUCCCGAAGUUCUAUUGCUGCAGGAGGUCAGAAGGGGAAGUCCUAUUAUACCAUGUCUUUCACAGUAACAUUUGAUCAUAAGGAUGACGUCUGUUAUUUUGCUUAUCAUUAUCCUUACACAUACUCAACUUUGAAGAUGCACCUUCAAAAACUGGAAUCUUUGCGCACCCCUGAAAUAUACUACCGCCAAGAUGUGCUCUGUGAUACAUUGGGUGGAAACAGCUGUCCAGUCCUAACUAUCACAGCAGUGCCAGACCCCAAACAUUAUGAAAAUAUCUUUCAAUUUAGAAAUCGUCCCUAUAUUUUUCUCAGUUCUCGAGUACAUCCUGGUGAGACAAAUUCGAGCUGGGUAAUGAAAGGAACUCUGGAGUUCUUAAUGAGCAACAACUCGGUGGCUCAGAGUCUGCGAGAAGCAUAUAUUUUUAAGAUUGUUCCCAUGCUGAACCCAGAUGGCGUUAUCAAUGGAAACCAUAGAUGUUCCUUAAGUGGCGAAGAUCUGAACAGGCAAUGGCAAAACCCAAAUCCUGACCUUCACCCUAUAAUUUAUCACACAAAAAGUCUCUUGCAGUACUUAGUAGCAAUUAGGAGGACACCUCUGGUGUUUUGUGAUUACCAUGGGCAUUCCCGGAAAAAGAACGUAUUCAUGUAUGGAUGUAGUAUCAAAGAAACAGUAUGGCAGACCAAUGUAAAUGCUACCUCUUGUGAUUUCCAAGAAGACCUUGGCUACAGAGCACUUCCCAAGAUUUUGAGUCAAAUAGCCCCUGCAUUCUGCAUGAGUAGUUGCAGUUUUGUAGUUGAGAAGUCCAAAGAGUCCACUGCACGUGUUGUGGUCUGGCGCGAGAUUGGUGUGCAGAAGAGUUACACCAUGGAGAGCACAUUAUGCGGUUGUGAUCAAGGGAAAUAUAAGGGUCUUCAAAUUGGAACAAAGGAACUAGAAGAGAUGGGAGCAAAGUUUUGUGUUGGGCUUCUGCGUUUGAAAAAAUUAACCACGCCAUUGGAUUAUAGACCCAAUUCCCAUUUCCUAGAUAUUGACACCGAAUUAAUUGAGUCCAGCUGUAAAAUCACAAGUCCCACCACAUACGUGCUUGAAGAAGAUGAACCCCGUUUCAUGGAAGACGUGGAUUACAGUGCAGAGAGUAAUGAUGAGGCAGAUGCAGAUCUAAAUGAGAAUUUAGGAGAUUAUGACACUUGUACACAGGAAGAUGUGCUGUCUGACUUGGAGACCAUAGAAAGACAUCUUCACUGAUAAUUCAUAGCUUGAAGGAGCAAAACCUUUACAAAGCAAACUUGAUUUGUAUUAAUCAAAGAAUAAUGAAACAUUCUUUUUUUUUUUUUUUUUAUCAAGUUUCCAUUUUAAGUUUGUUAAACAUUGUACUUAAUAUAAUAAAUGUGAGUAGUUCCCUGUUUUUAAGCUUUUAACUAUAGACAUCAUACUCGUAGAUCACUUGUAAAUUUGUUGCAUGCCUGGCAGUCUUUCUUUCUUUUCUUUUCUUCUUUCUUUCUUUUUUUUAUUUUUUAUAAAUCAUUCUUAACUAUGACAUUGUCUCUGGGUCGGCAGGUUCACGUGCAUGUUCUAAUGCGAAAGGAUGCAGAUCUGUACAGCUUUAUUGCUGUAGUAUUAAAUAAUAUGUGUAUAACUUGAAACAUUCGCUGUUUAACUUAUUGUGUUGAAAUAAUCUCAAGCUUGCUUUAAAUAUAUGUGAAACAGAAUACAUUUAUAUAGACUUAAAGGUAUAUGCUUUUUAUUUCAGUAUCAUUUAAUCAAUCAUAUAACAACAUCUUUAACAGAUUAUUUGCUUAGACAUUCUAUAUAAAUUGUACUUGCUUUUUUAUGCUUUAUGUCUACUAUUUAAAAUCUUAUAAUAUUCAUUGUAAAUGUGAAAUGGAUUAUUGUUGCUAAUCAUGGUCAGACAACAGUAACGUCAUACAUUUUGCAAAAGACUCCUAGAGAAGCUGCAGUAUUUGUAAUAAAUUGUACAAGUGCAGUAUUAACAUGAGAAUCACUUCAGCCAUCACAACAAAUGUCUGUAUUAACAAUGGUGUAAUUAGUACAGCUUAAAUAUUGGUUGUAAGUCUUAUUAAAGGCAUGAGAAACUCUUCAAAGCAAAAA